AUGAAAAGCAGAUUAAGAACAAAAAUUUGGUGGCCGAAAUGCUAUAAAGACUCUGAAAAUCUUUGUAAAGCCUGCAAAGGGUGUACCCUAGUUUCUGCACCCAACCCACCUAAUCCACUAAAGCGCCGUGAAUUACCAACAGAACCCUGGAUUGAUGUAGCAAUCGAUUUGAUGGGACCACUGCCAAGUAACGAUUAUAUUUUUGUAAUCGUUGACUACUACAGUCUAUACAAGGAGGUAAACAUUUGUCGAACCAUAACAAGCUCAGUUAUCAUCGUGCUUUUAAAAGAGAUAUUCAGUCGUUUGGGAAAUCCUGUUUCCAUUACAGCAGACAAUGGUAAACAGUUCAUAAGUGCUGAAUUAAAUGAAUUUUGUAAAGAGCAAAACAUAAGAAUUUACCAUACGAUCCCCUACUUCCCCCAACAAAAUGGUGAAGUAGAGAGACAGAACAGGGACAUUCUUAAGAGAUUGAAGAUAAGUCAAGCUGAAAAGAAAGAUUGGAAGGAAGCCUUAAGUGAAUACAUGAUAAUGUAUAACAGUACCCCCCAUACGGUAACAGGCAAAACACCAUCUGAAUUGUUUUUUAGUAGACAGUUCCGAGAUAAACUACCAAUGAUGAGAAACAUAACUUACAAUCCAAGAGACGAGGACAUAAGGGACAGGGAUAGAGAAUGUAAAGAAAAAGGUAAAGAGUAUGCGGAUCGGAAAAGGCGAGCUCAAGAUUGUGAUCUGCAAGUCGGUGAUAAGGUGUAUAUUAAAAACAUGAACAAAAGUAAUAAACUAAGUUUAAACUACGAGCCAACUUCACAUACAAUCGUGUCAAAUAAUAAUGGAGAUAUCGAAAUAAGAAAUGAUGAAACGGGAAAUAAAAUAAGACGGAAUGUGGUCCACCUAAAGAAGGUAGAAGGACAAUGGAAAGCUUUGGAUACAGAAAGCACAGAAGACGGAGAUGUUGUACGUGAACACUCAGAAUUAUCAGACAAAUCUAAUUAA